AUGGCUGCCGACUGGCGUGACUCUGAGGUGACAGGAACGAGCAGGCGAGGACAAACUAAGAUGAGGCAUCUCCCCUCGUUCGGUCCAACAUCCUCCUCACUUGCCUUCCUCCCUGUCCCUUCCAGCCUACCUGCUCUCCUCUCAACCAUUCCCCAACUUCAUCCCAUAACUCCUUUUCCCUCUCCCUCUCCCCUCUCCGUUUACUUCUCCCUUCUCCUUCUCCCUCUCCCCUCUCCCACUCACCUCUCCCUCUCUCCUCUCCCUCUCCCCUCUCCCUCUCCCCUCUCCCUCUGCCCACUCCCACUCCCCUCUCCCACUCCCCUCUCCCACUCCCCUCUCCCACUCCCCUCUCCUACUCCCCACUCCCACUCCCCUCUCCCUCUCCACUCACCCUCUCCCCUCUCCCUCUCCCCUCUCCCACUCACCUCCCUUUCCCCUCUCCCACUCCCUUCUCCAUCUCCCCUCUCCCACUCACCUCUCUCCUCUCCCUCUCCCCUCCCCUCUCCCCCUCUCCCCUCUCCCUCUGCCCACUCCCACUCCCCUCUCCCUCUCCCCUCUCCCUCUAACCACUCCCACUCCCCUCUCCCACUCCUCUCUCCCUCUCCCUCACUCCCAUGA